CUCCUACACUCACACGGAGAGGAGAGGCUGACAACGGAUACGGUUUUAUCCCUGCGAAAGGGAAAAGGAAUCACAGGCAACGGGAAAAACACAAAGAGAGAUCAUCCAGCGCCGGCAGAGCGAGACGAUAACCAAAAGAGGGCGGUCAGUGUACCUACACCUGAUGAUAGCAGUCACGUUUUCUUUCCACGCAUGUGGUGUACUUGUUUUUUCUUCUUGAACGUAAAAUACACGGUACCGCAUGCAUCGAAUGCAGAAAGAAAUGGAGUCAGCAACGACAGAAGGAUUGCCCGAUCCUGCUUCUGACGCGGACAGAGGAUCCUGUGGCGGAACCCCGAGGAAGACUUCGUUAGCAACCUCUAAGCCCAGUGACCAGCUUCAUGACAGAAGUGACGCAUUGGAGGAUGUACAGGAAGUUGAAAAUCAAAUUGCCUGUAACCAUUUCACUGCCAGCGUUCAACAAAGCGUGCACCUUGACUUUGUAUUAGAAUCUGCUGAAAAAGACAAAAUCAUCCGGGGCACUAACGCACAAGCGUUUGGAGUGGAGCCGAGACAGGAAGUGUUCUCCGAAUAUGAUCAAGAGCUGAGCUGCCCGUGUAUCGUGGCAGAUGACCCACUUGUGCCUCUCCCUUCUUGUGGCUCUGAAGUGCCACCUCUCUACAUUAACUCCAACGAGCCUGUUAGCUUACCGGUCCCCGAGACCGCUCAAGGCUGCACCCGUACCAUCCUAGAGGAAAAAGGCAGUACGAAGCAAAACUGGGGAGCUUUUAACUGCCUGCUAGUCUCUGAUAGAGCAAGCAAGAGGAAAAGACAAGAAGACGUAGUCAGCACGGCAGCGUCAAAUGAUGCGGAUGAGGAAAGCCUUCUCACUUCUUGGAUUAACACGGAAACCAGAAAUGCUGAGGAAGUAGACAGCAUUAUUGCGCCGAUCGUGGCACGCCUUGGGGAUAUCGAAGAUCGACUUCGACAGUCAGAAUACGAGAGAAAGAUAGGCGAAAUCAAGGAUGCAGAAAAACGCAUUGCAAACGAAUUUGAAGACUCUUUUAGAGCGGUCCGAAGCAACAUGGAACUCAUGCAAGAAUACACACUCGUCCUCGACAAGCAACUGUCGAAUGCAUACGAAAUCCAGCGUCAGUCAGCGGAAGCCGACGCAGACGCGCUCCUUGGCUGGCAGGUGCAUCAGCAACUUGCGAAACUCAAGGAUGAACUUCAAGAAUUCCUGGCUCACAUAGACUGGGAAUAGUGAAGACGAAAUUUUGACUUGACCGGUCGAAGCGUCAUUGAGUAUCUUAAUGCUGGCUUCGUAUGCUUUGAAACCGAUAAAUCUACUUACUCCGAACCAUUUUGCAUCGACGCACGGUAUACUUUUUCGUUGAGUUCCGCGAUCCGCGUCAUGCACUGUAAUGCUGUUAAACGCGUCACAGUGGGGGAAGAGAGUGCAAAGAAUACUCAAGCAUCUCGCUUGUUGAAUGGAUACUGCAGCUGAGACGGGGUUCCUCAGUAGUCAUCCGGGUGCUCCUGGUGAUCACAGAUCCCGAUGCUCGCGUCGUACUGAGGAACCCUACUUCGUGCAUUCCGUAGAGCCAACAGAAGUGAACACACUAUCAAUAAGUGCCGCACUUCA